AUGUCUAAGCUGCAGGCGCAGGCUGGAGCUAGUGGGCCGUGGACUUGGUCAGAUGCUCUGGCCGCUGCACCCACCUCAGACGACCUUUGGGUUGUGACCUCUCCGAAUGCCGACUACAUACCAAAACCACCCGUUGGCAUCAUCGACGUCGUCCUUCGCGCGGAUUACCCUCAGCGGGAACAUAAUCAUGCCCUCACGUUCACUCCCUCCUCUGACGAUUUCGAGCGCCUGGAAGGGGCAACAAUCAAGUGUCUCGGCCUCCUGCGUGAGGAAGUAGUCCGACCGCUCGGCGAGGUCGUUGACGACCUGCAUGCCACCAUUUGCAAGGCGCCGGUGACAGACCCUCACCUUGGGUGGCUGGACAUCGCCAUGUGUCAAGCCCGGGACCGACUGCGACGCUUCCCCUGCACAUUCCGCGAUGUCGUCAUGCAAGUACGAGAGACUCAGCGGUACAGCCUCAUGAUCCGCGCCUACCUCGAUUAUCAACGCCUCCAAGUUCCCGCAGCCGGUGCGCGCCCUCGUACCGUCAAUCUCGGUGUCAUGGGCGCAUUCACUACCAAUCCCGCUCUCGUUCAACGCCUCUACUCAGCCAGUGUGCCCGUGUGGUACCUUUGCACAGACGUCUCUAUCCUUGCGGACGACAGAGUUCGCGCCGUUGUCACGGUGCGCGAGCCGGACAUCUGCACCACGAUCGGCGAGGAGCACGGACAUCGCCUGCAUCGUGGGCUCGUCGGUCCGAAGCACUUCGCGGCAAUGGCGCGUGCCGGGCACACGUAUCUGGACAUCUCUCGUGCUCCUCUGCUGGCGGUCGACCAGGACGGCGGAUACGAUGCACCAACGUCUCAAAAGGACCGCAAACGCCAGGCGCGCGGCGUAGACUCGCAAUCUCUCGGGGCCGUCCGAACACCGCCGAAGUCCAACCGCACAGAUAGAGGCGGGUCUUCUGCGGUUCCUUACCCGAAGAUCAAUCCCACCCAAGUGCGUGGCGUUAACAAGUUCGUUGCCGUUCAGCACGAAUGGAUGCCCGCCCCGUUGACCACGUGGCAAAAUGCCAUGGCGGCGGUGGACUUGUCAGGCCCCACCAAACCCCAGACGGCAAUGUGGGGAUACUGGAUCCCGGAGCCUGGGCUACUCCUGCGACCGCAGACUCAAGAUCGUCUGCACCGUUAUGUAAUCAAUUGGGUGCGACUGCGUCCGGCUUGGCUCUAUCUGCUCCGCCUCUGUGAAGCUCGGCUCACGCGAGUGCCCACUCAAUGGUGGCGGGACAUCUUGUACGGCAGCACGGGCCACGGCGAGAUGGACGACGCUAGUCGCAAAGCCCAGCGUUGGCGCGAGAUUGAGGAUGUUUUUGGGUUGGCCUUCAAUGGCGUGGACUUCGACCCCUCGCCGACUGGUGCCCCCAAAUGGUUCGACAAGACCGUCAACGCCCUCGUCACUCCUGUGUGUCGUCCUAUCAUCUGGGAAGUGUGCGAGUUGGGCUUCUGCCACGAACUCCUUGCCCUGGAUCGACUACUUGUCCCCGCUCGCACUGCGGCGACGACUGAAGCGCACCAAGAAGCGCUGUUGGCCCGCAUCUUCCCAGACGGCGGGGUGUAUAACCUUCACGCGCUGCCGUCCCCGCAUAAAGAUAUCGGAGUGGUGCUCGCGCGCUGGCCGUGCGCCCCACAUUCAAUCCACUCCGGCACAGAGAUCCGCUCGAACAUCUCGCCCAAGGACAUCCUCGUGCGUGAGGCGGAGCUGGCAUCGUUCUAUGUCAACACCUUUUUCGAACACUCCGGUCAUGCCCCCAUCGUUCCCCAUCGUUUCCCCAACGAAUAA